AGCUUUGUCGGCCAGAAAACCCGGAGUUAAACCUGUGGUUACCUCGAUAAUCAUAAAUCCUGCUUCGUUAAAGCUGCACGUCCGAGACAUGGGGAUACAUGGGAGUAACCCUGUUUGGCUGCUCAGACCAUGUACAUGGACAAACAAGGAUGACAGAUUUAUGCUUUGGGUGUUGAAUGUAGAAACAAAGGCUUUUAGAGUAAACACACACAUAAUAAGCAGUGUGUUGGAGGAUUAACAAGUUUGGCUGAAGUCGCUGGAUUGGAAACUUCUCCAAAUCUAAUAAACAAGCAGAACAGAGCUGCCUGUGUUCGCCGUCAUGCUUCAUCAGAAUCUAAUCUUCCUCCGGCCUCUAGCUCACUACUUCAGCAUGUGGAGGAAACCUAAGCUCGACAGGUUUUUGAGUCCUGAUCCGAGUUCAGCUGGUUUGGCCCUCUCUAAUCCUCUGAAGCUCAGCUGUCCUCCACUUGACUCCUUCUUCUUCUUCCUCAUCCUCGUCUUCCUCGUGAGCAGACAUGCCCCCAGCGGUGGGCGGUCCCGUUGGGUACACCCCUCCGGAAGGUGGCUGGGGCUGGGCAGUGGUGGUGGGGGCCUUCAUCUCCAUCGGCUUCUCCUACGCCUUCCCCAAGUCCAUCACGGUGUUCUUCAAGGAGAUAGAGGUCAUCUUUGACGCCACGCCCAGUCAGGUGUCCUGGAUCUCCUCCAUCAUGCUAGCGGUCAUGUAUGCUGGAGGUCCAAUCAGCAGCAUCCUCGUGAACAAAUAUGGCAGUCGACCAAUCAUCAUUGCCGGCGGUUGUCUGGCGGGGUCGGGACUGGUCGCCGCCUCCUUCUGCAACACAGUGACGCAGCUCUACUUCUUCAUCGGAGUAGUGGGAGGUUUGGGACUGGCCUUCAACUUGAAUCCAGCCCUCACUAUGAUCGGUAAAUACUUUUACACGCGCCGGCCCAUCGCAAAUGGCAUCGCCAUGGCGGGCAGCCCCGUGUUCCUCUCCACGCUGGCUCCUCUCAACACUUGGCUCUACGAUGAGUUCGGUUGGAGAGGCAGCUUCCUCAUCUUGGGCGGUCUUCUGCUCAACUGCUGCGUGGCUGGCUCCCUCAUGCGUCCCCUCGCACCCACACCUCCACCCGCCAAGCUCGACUCGGAGGCGGCCGAGGCCAAGGCGGUGGAUUUGGUGCCGCCGCCGCCACCGCAGCAGAAGAAGACGGUCCUGCAGACCAUCAACUCCUUCAUCGACCUGACGCUGUUCAAACACCGCGGCUUCCUGCUCUACCUGUUGGGGAACGUGGUCAUGUUCUUCGGCCUCUUUGCGCCGCUCGUCUUCCUCUCCAACUACGCCAAGAGCAAAGAUAUCAGCAAAGAGAAGGCGGCCUUCCUCCUGUCGGUGCUGGCAUUCGUCGACAUGUUCGCCCGGCCCUCCAUGGGCCUGCUGGCGAACACCAAGUGGGUCCGGCCGAGGGUGCAGUACUUCUUCGCGGGCGCCGUCCUCUACAACGGCAUUUGCCACGUGCUGGCGCCGCUGUCCGUAGACUACACUGGAUUCGUGGUGUACGCCAUCUUCUUUGGCUUCGCGUUUGGCUGGCUGAGUGCGGUGCUGUUCGAGACGCUGAUGGACCUGGUGGGAGCGCAGAGGUUCUCCUCCGCCGUGGGUCUAGUCACAAUAGUGGAGUGUGGGCCGGUGCUGUUGGGCCCACCGCUAACAGGUACUUUCUACAACUACUACCAACACUACGACUACACCUACAUAACCUGUGGCAUCAUCCUCAUAAUCGCCAGUGUGAUCCUCUUCGUGGGCAUGGGCAUCAACUACCACCUGCUGGACAAAGAGAAGAAGGAGGAGGAGAGGAGAGAACGGGAGGAGCCCAAGGAGGAGCUCACCGCCAUGCUGGCCCCUCCUUCUCCGUCCAAAUUCGACGGGGAGGCGAGCGAGCAGGCCGCCGACAAACUGGAGGAAGUCGCCAAGAUGGACGAGGACACAGUUUAGAAGAUUUUUUUUUUUUUAAACAGACUCGUGAAGGACACACACACGCCAUUUGCACACUUCACGGAAACACACACACGGUAGUUGCACUUACAACCACACACUGUCUCUUUAUAGAGUGAGAAUAUGCUUACACACAACCCUGAAGCCAUAGAAAAGGUUUAUCAUUAGGAAACCUGCUGCCGUGACGCGGAGCUUCGCCGAUGCCCGACUUCUCGUCAAGCAGCGUCUCUCGCCGCGUUUGAUACCUCGAGUUGUGGUAUUUGGCGUGCCUUCGCUAAACUCAAGUCCUCCCAGGAGCACGCCGUGCACACACACCAGACAGACGCACACCAGACAGACGCACAACGGACAGACGCACAACGGACAGAAGGACUGUGGGAUAAUCACCCAGGGAACUGACGAGGACUUCACUCUCAGGGUCUCUUCUUAAAUCACACAGCCGCGACUGAACAGAGGCCCAGACAGUCCAACAGUAGAUUUGUUUUUGUCUACAGUAUAAACUGUACAUUUCCCCUCUAAAUCUGCACACACACUCACACACGCUCUCACGUUGCUUCUCUCCUCAGGGGCUGGACAUGAAUUAAAAGGAUACGUUCAUAUAAUUACAAGUACAGUAAUUCGUAUAUACAGUCCGACAGUCUUGAGACGGGUACUGGGUAAUUGGGUCUCAAGACAAGUUGAGUGAUUGAGUUUUUCAGUUUUUCAUGCAGGAGAACAAAAAAUGAAUUCAAGAAGUUCACAAUUACGUGGGGAGAACAGCAGUGAUGUUUUUAACCUUCAGUUGAGAUUGAGAAAGGUUGAAAAACACAGAACGGAAUCAGAGGAAGGAGGAACGGGCGCGGGUGGUUUGAAAUUAAAAGGUUACAAUGUUACUUACCUGCAGUGUUGAACCGACUGGUAAUGGUGUUGCUUGUGUGCGUGUGUUUGUAAUGUUGUAUCAUACACCCUCCAACCAGAGCAGCUGAUCACGCAGUUUUUACAGAUGACACAUUUCAACGAAAGACAAGUCAAACAGUUUGGCUCCUGCCCCCUGCAGGUUCAUCUGUUGUGUAACUGCCAGGGUGAUACCUCAGUAUUAAAUGACACUGAACGCUAGUUUGUGGAGAACAGGCACAUAGAUGAGUAUACUCUGUGUGUGUGUGUGUGUGUGUGUGUGCGUGUGCGUGUGCGUGCGUGCGUGCCUGCGUGCGUGCGUGUGUGCGUGUGCGUGCGUGUGCGCACGUGCGUGCGUACAUGUGUGCUUUGUCCCGACCAGCUGUGGUGGCAAAAAAAGAAAAAAAAUCUCACUCAGAAUCCCACAAACAUGAUCAUUUUACAUGUUUUUGGGGAUUGUAGGACUCACAGCACCCUGUAGUGUUGUUUUUUUAAAUGACGAUAACAAUUUGUAGUUUACAAUUAUAUUUUAAAAAACAACCUUUGUGAUAAAAAAUAAUCUAUUUUAGCUCAAUGUAUAAAUGACAAUCUGACAGCAAGUCAUCUUUUUAAUGAAUUUUGGGGUGUGUGUGCCUGCAUGCGUGUGCGUGCGUGUGUGUCAGUAAGCAGACAGUUCAUACUCAAGCCAGGUUUCAUCAUUUUAUUUGUAGGAAAUUCUGAAACCGCACGUUCGUCUCUAAGCUGCACAACAACAUGCUUCAUAUCAGACCCACAAAGUUUUCACAGAUUCAUUUUUUCCAUCGAUUGGUGACGUUUGUAUGAGGACAGUGUCUGUGUGCAGACUGGAGGGAUCAGCCUGAAAAUUAUGGGCGGGGGGGGAAAUAAAUGAAGGUUUUAAACAAUUCACUAUUUGCACACAUAUAUUGCUCGGUGCAAAAUGUGUUAUUUUUCCAACAAUGAAAAUGGAAUCGAAAGCAAAUUAGAAAUAGUUCACUUUGUUUUUUACUGCAGAGUGAUAAUUUUUCUGGAAGCGGCAAAAAUGUGAACGGUUGAAAGAAGAAAAAAUGUUAGUUUAUGUUCUGUAUUUUUAUUGUUUACAACUGAAAAGACCAAAUCGAUCCUGCGAACAAUAUUCCCAGCAGAUGCACUUUUCACUCCUGUUUAGAUGAACAUAUGGUCGGUAAGACGGUGGUACUCUGCUGUUUGUGUUGAAAUGACUACAUGCAUUUUCAACUUGUCUUUAAAGAUUCAACAUCUUCAGCGGGAACCAUUGGGGCUUGGGGCUGAGAGCCAAAGACGGGAAAUAUUGAGAUGUAGACAAAUGUAGAACAAUUAUAAUAAUCAAUUAAUCAGUUCAAGUAGUUUUUAUGGGGAAAAAUGUCAAAACUCUCUGAUUUCAGCUUCUUAAAUUUGAAUAUUUUCUGGUUUCUUUGCUCCUCUGUGACAGUAAACUAA